AUGGCCCAAGAGUGUCGUGUGGUUGAGCACUGCCAAAAAGCCGAUGUAUGUUCUGUUGGUGCUAGGUGCAUUUGGCAAGGAACUAUUGAUUAUGAACUGGAUGACGUGUGUAGACAUAACGGCUACCUCGAGGCUCUGCUCAUCUCCAUUUCCAAGGAAGUUGACAACUUCAGAGAGUGGAAGUGUAAAGGACCUGACAAAUUUUGGGAGUGCCCGCCAGGCUCAGCGUGUGUGGAUGACGGGAAGGGUGGAGGGACGUGUUGUAUGGGACGGCCAGACUAUGGCAAGCCGGGCUUGUGUCCUGUGGAAUGUCGUGUGGUCCCCAGCUCUGGAUCUAGCCACGAGUCCCCGGAAGGUUGCCUGAAACUCAGACACUUCUGCGGUUAUAAGAGCUAUAGUGAGUGUAACACAGACGUGCACUGUGGUAAGGGCCAAAAGUGCCAAAUACAGACCGCGUGUAGCUACGUACCACCCCCGCCAUCGGAUGCACCUGGAGACGUGCUGCUGCGGAGGAGAAAGCGUGACAUGAGCAGCGAUCUGGACUCACCAAUGUGUCAAGUUUGUGUGGAACAUAACCCCGGCGGUGACUGUGAGCCUUUCUACAAAUGUGUGGAGCCUGGGGUCGCAAAGACGUGUGCUGCCGUGCGCUGUGGAGCAAGGAGCAGCUGCCAGAUGACCGGAACACCCCCACGACCCGUCUGUUCCCCUCGCUGCACCAAGAAAUGCCGCUCGGGCUUUAAGUGCCAAAUCUACAAAGGCUCGCAAAGGUGCACUGACCGCAGACCAAAAACUUGUGAUGGCUUGCAGUGUCCACACAAGACGCAAUGCAAGAUGAUCAAAGACACGUGUGGUCCCGGUAGUCGCUGUGACAAGUGGAGGAGGAGGGCAAAGAAGGCAGAGUGUGUUCCCGUCUGCAGCCGGACGUGUAAGGGAACCCGUCAAUGUAAAGUCGUCUCCAAAUGCCCAUAUGGCGGUGGUGAGUGCGAGCACAACGAGAGGUGCGUGCAAGUGCGAAAACCGGGAACUUGUCCAAAAUGUAGGCCAGGUAGGGAAUGCGCCUUACGUAGACGAUGCCGGAAAUGCAAGCUCCGCCAUGUUUGUGUGCUGAGCCAGGGCAGAUGUCCUCGUCUGCCCAAACGGCUACGUCACCCGAAGUCCAGAGCUUGCCGGAGAGAGACCAGGCGUCAGCCGACGUGUGCGGACGACAGCGACUGUCGACAGAGCCAGAAAUGUUGUAGCUCCAAAUGCGGCCGCCAGAUCUGUAGGUAUGCCAAGAGACCUUAG